AUGUUAACUUUGGAUGGUGUUGUUAUGGGUCCACAGAUUUGUGCUUUUGAUGAUUGCACCAAUGACCUUCUCAAUGCUCGUGGUGGUGCACUCUGUGCAACGCAUGAAGCUUCACUUGCAAAUAAAUGUCGUGUGGUUGGCUGUUCUAAAGACAAAAUUCAAGGAACACAAGCUUGUGCUGAACAUGUUGCUGACUGGAAGAAAAGUAUUCAUGAUCGCAGUAAAGCCACCAUUAAUGGUAUUCGGCGUGUUCUUCAAUGUCCUGGUGAACGACAAGAGUGGCAAAAUGUCCCUGAUGCUGCUAUUCAGCGGCCACAUGAUGAUGAGGUUGAGACUGAAAAUCCUCAACCCACAAUAAAACGAAAGACCUAUUUCUCACCCAAUCGCUCAUAUUGUGUUGAAACAGCAUGUUCACCAUCUGUUGGAAGUGAGAGAUGGAAAGACUGGACAGACACAACUCGUUUUAUUGUUGACACAUAUCACUACAACAAUCACUGUGCCACAGAUGAAAUUUGUCGGAAAUGGUGUAAUCCUGCACCAAAAGAUGGUAGUGCACCAAAUCUUGUGGGAGAAACAAUUGAUGAGGAUGGCAAUCUUAUUCAAUGGAGAGAAUUUAACACUCAAGUCUGUGAACAGCUUAAUGCAUGGCUUGCUGGUUAUGAAUCUAUUUUGAAGCGAAUGACAUCUCAAAAUUUCAAUUGGUUUAUACAUACUAUGCUUGUUUACCAUGUCAAGCAUGUGCUUGCCAAGAUGACAUCUAUGGAAGAUGAUGAAUCAGCAGAUGAAGAAAGCAGUGAUGAAGAAAGCAGUGAUGAAGAAAGGAGUCAUGAGGAAAGCAAUCAGGAGGAAGAAAUGGAUUCAAAAAGUGAAAGUGGUUCAGGUUCAGACAAUGAUGAUGAUAAGGAAAGUAGUUCUACAAAUAGUACUGAUCAUGAUAUGCAUCUUUCAGAUUGA